AUGGAAGCACGAAUCAUCCAAGCUCUCAAGAGCUGCGCUGAUAGCAGAGAUCUCGCCCUGGGAAAGAAGAUCCACGAGCAAAUCUCAGUCACUGAGAAUCUCGGGAAGAACACGCACCUUGCCAACAGCGUCCUCGACAUGUACACGAGCUGUGGAUGCGUGACCGAAGCCCGCAAGCUCUUCGAUUCGAUCGAAUCCCCCAAUGGCUUCUCCUGGAGCCGGAUCAUCGCGGCCUACGCGCGCGGCGGGCUUCUGCGAGAGACGCGAGAGCUCAUCGAUGCGAUGCCUGGGCGAAAUAUCCGCGCCUGGAACACGAUCAUCGUCGCGUAUGCCGAUCGCGGGCGUCUGGAAGAGGCGCGAUCCUGCUUCGAGAGGAUGGACGAUCGAGACACCGUGUCGUGGAAUGUGAUGAUCACUGUCCACGCCAGGGCCGGGCGGCUGCGCGAGGCCUGGGGAUUCUUCCAACGAAUGCGGCAGCGGGAUCUCGUCUCCUGGCACGCGAUCCUCACGGGCUACGCGCACAGCGGUGAAUCGGCGCUGGCGAGGGAGAUCUUCGAGAGAAUGCCGAGGCGAGACACGAUUUCCUGGACAGGAAUCCUCCAGGCGAGCGCAAGAGCUGAGAAUCUCCGCGAAUGCAAGCGAAUCUUUGAUGCUAUGCCGCAGAGAAACAUGAUCUCCUGGAACGCGCUCAUCGCCGCAAAUACCCUAGCGCGGCAACUGGAUCAAGUGAAAGAACUCGUCGCGAGGAUGCCACUCCACGAGGUCGUCUCCUCCACGGCGCUGCUCCAAGGCUUCUCGGAUCAAGGAAAUAUCGCCAGAGCUGAGGAUCUCUUCGCAUCUCUCCCCCAGCGCGAUGCCGUGGCUUGGAAUGCAAUGCUCCAGGCAUACACCCUAGCCAAGAACAUCGCCCAGCUCCAUCGAUUCUUCGACGCCAUGCCCGGGCGAUCCACCGCCGCCUGGAACACGCUCCUCCAGGCGCACGCCCAGGCGGGGCACACAGAUCAAUGCAGACGAAUCUUCGCUGCGAUGCCCGAUCCAGACGCGAUCUCUUGGAGCACCCUCAUCCAGGCGUUCGCGCAGAAUGGCCACGGCGAUCUUGGCGUCGAGCUCUUUGGCGCGAUGAUCCUGGAUGGCGUCGUGCCGACCGCGAUCACGUUCAUAAGCGUGCUGAGCGGAUUCAACCACGUCGGGAUGCUGGAUCGCGGCAGGGAAAUCUUUCACUCGAUCGCGGCCGGCCACGGCCUAGCGAUCACGCUCCAGCACUACAGCGCCAUGGUAGGGAUUCUGGGCCGAUCGAAGCUGCUGGACGAGGCAGAGGAGCUGGCGCAUUCAAUGCCAUUCUUGCCGGAUGCUCAAACCUGGACAGAGUUGCUCGCUGCGUGUGUGCUCCAUGGUGACCUGGAACGGGCUGAGAGAGCUGCGACGUCCAUCCAUCAACUGGAACCCAAGAAGCUUAACACCAAUGCAACUGUGUGGGAAGGACAAGAAGUGCUGCGGAGAGUUGAGAUUUCCCAGUUCAGCUCUCAGUGCCAGAGGGUUCUUUACUCGGCAGAGCUGAGAUUUGGCGUCAGCCUUGGCCUGCUUGUUGAGACCUUGAGCACGUUUUCUUCAACUAGUACCACUGGGCUUGAGACUCGUAUCCCAGGUCAGACAUGCAGUCCUCAAGAAUAA